AUGCUGCCCAUGAUAUUUUUCCCGCCCUGCGUCGUUGCAUACGGAUGGAUCUGUGAAGAGCAUGUCCAUAUCGCAGCAGUGUGUGUGAUCCUAUUUUUCUCGGGUUUCUUCAUGAUAUCCAUUUACUCGAGUACUCUUGCAUACAUUGUCGAUGCAAAUGUUGGUCGCUCCUCUUCGGCCGUUGCUUGUAAUAGCUGUUUCCGUGGUAUUCUAGCCUUCAUCGCCGCAGAGGUUGCGGUCCCACUCCAGGAUUCUAUUGGUGACGGUGGGCUGUACUCGAUGUGGGCGGGACUUAUGCUCGUCUCUGAGGUGCUACUUCUGCUCGUAUGGUGGAAGGGUGCACAGUGGCGAGAGAAGGCCCUGGCUCAAGAGGCAACUCGCCUCUGGUUCUCCUCAAACGAGUUCCGUGCGACUCCUGGGCUCUGGGCUAUUAUGACAUCUUGCUUCAACCUUGCUAAUGACGAGGACCGAUUAGUCCAGAGGCUGAUUCAAUACGAAGUAGUAGCGCAGGAAUCCAUAAACGAAAACCGAAAGCUGGGCACGACGGAAGCACUUCAGCCACAUUACGAUCAAGCUCUCGCCUGGUUUGAGAGCACCGCUCUUUACAGGAUGCCAGACAUAGCUGAUCGCGCAGCCAAGGAUGAAUGGUUCCGACAGUGUGAUGAAAUAUGUUUCGGGCGCAAGAACUCCCAGAAAGACCAUUGUGCGACUGUGCUCGUCGCCGUAGGGGCUUUGCAAGUUCUGCGAUUUCAAGACCUCAAGGAGUAUGGUGCGAUCCACGGUCCCUCGCAUGUUCAGAGAAUUAUGCGGAGGACUGCAGAGGAAGUUCACAGACGCGUUGUUUCUCCCCAGGAGCGCGCUGCGGCACAACACGCCUAUCAAACAUCUCCGUUCACAAGUGAUAGCACUAGCUCCCAUGAUCUCGUCGGAUUGAAAUUGGCGUGCCCCACUUCUCACGGCGGCAACGUAGAGAUUACAAUUGCAGAUUGUGCGACAACUGCGAUCAGCAAAGAUCCUUAUUAUAUCCUCUCAUAUAGCACCGGUGAGACCAAGUGUGUAAGCAAGGAGGAGCUGGAUGUCAUACUUACGAAGAGUGCUAUCAUUCUGGACGAUUGA